GGUAAAUUGAUGUUAGGACCACCAAUUUUAUCGUGGUCCACCGUGUAAGUUGGUGUAACCACAGUCACGGUUGGUGCUCUCAAGGCCACGCUGGAAUAGACACGGACCGUGUCGCGCCGUGACCCGCUUGCGGCCUGCCGUCACUUCCGAAUAACUACAUAGUACUGCAGCAGAACUCACGUACGUGUAUCCCUUUCAAUCAUAACCUUCCAAGCACAUCAAGAUGUCCGAAGCAUUUACAAAUUUCCUUGGGGGAUCGCCUCUCAACCGUCUAUCGUGGCUGAGGACAUCUCAUUCAUUCCUCAAUGCAGUCGUCGUUUCACCCUCUACGAGGUGGAUCUUAUUUAAUGGUGGACAGCCACUUAUUGCUUCUCAUACUGGUACACAGAAACGAAGUCUGGCGCUGUUGACCACCGAGGACGUUAAACCCUUGCUCGGUGCAGAGCCGUUCUUUGGUCAAGGCGAGCAGGAAGGGCAACAUUGCGCAUCCGAUUUACCCGUUCUUGAGGCUGCCCGAAUCCAUGGUCUACCAAUAGUAUUCCUUGGUUUGAACGAGACGCAAAGCUCAGGAAGUGCUCUCCCAUCUUCCGAAUUCAAAGAUCCCCAUUCUGCUGUUUCAAAACUCGUUGGAACCGCUUACUUUUCCGCGGAUGUCGCGGACCUCGAUGAGAAUAAGGUCAAUGAAGCUAUAGAGAAUACCCAGCUUGCAAAGGAUGGAUCGACAUUGACUUUUGUGGAGCCACGUGCGGCGAUGUCAAGCCUUGAUGCGUAUACUGCAGCGAUCUUUGCGGAGGCUCGAAGUAUGGUAGAUUGGAACCAAAGGAACAAGUUCUGUCCUGCUUGCGGUUCACCCGCAUAUUCCUUGUGGGCUGGAUGGAAGCUGGGCUGUACAUCCCUUCUUCCCUGGGCCGAUAACACGGACAAGAAGCCUUGUCCCUCUGGGCGAGGGCUGCACAAUUUCUCUCAUCCUCGGACGGAUCCCGUUGUAAUCAUGCUCGCCAUUGAUGAAUCGGGAGAGAAAAUCCUUCUCGGGAGAAAUAAAAAAUUCCCUAGCCAAUUUUACUCCGCACUUGCUGGCUUCGUGGAGCCAGGCGAGUCCUUUGAGGAUGCCGUCAAGCGGGAGAUGUGGGAGGAAGCUGGAGUGAAAGUCUGGAACAUCCGAUAUCACUCUGGACAGCCUUGGCCCUAUCCAGCGAACUUGAUGGUCGGCUAUUAUGCGACCGCAGAUUCUUCUGCGCCAAUCCGUACAGAUUUAGAUAACGAACUCGAAGAUGCGCGAUGGUAUACCAGAGAAGAAAUUCUUGCUGUCUUGAGACAUUCUAGUGGAACUCAAUUCUCCCGUAGUGACUACAAGAAGAUUGCAGAGAUCCAAGAUGGUCCCGAUGACAGUUCUGCGUCGGCGAAACCUCAAGAACAGCUCGUGGAAGUUAAUAACGACGAGCCGCCCUUCAGGGUACCCGCGCCAUCUGUAAUGGCGGGCGUUCUCAUUCAGCAUUGGGUAGAGAAACGCCAGUAUCACAUGUAGAUGCGAACGGGUCUCUAGCGAGAGACAUUCAGUGAACAGGUAAAUCCUGCAGAAGAAUGACAUUGAAAUAUAGAUCUAGAAGAAUGACAAAUGAUUCAAUCUAUUCCAAUUGGUUGGAAGAGCCCAUACAGGAGCGUGCACCAGUGCUAGUGGCAGUGUGCUUAGUAGAACAC